AUGAGAAAUAGAACAUUUUUUCCUUCUUCUUCCUCUUCUGUUCUCAUUCUCCUCCUACUCCCCCUUUUCGUCUCCUCGUCCUUCUGUUAUCUUCCUCAUCCUUCCCACUCCGUAUUCUUCAUCAUCUUCUCAUUCUUCUUCUCCUCCUCCUUUUCUCUUCCUCAUUCUUCUUCUUCUUCUUCCGUUCUCCUACUCCUUCUCCUUCUUCUACUAAUCACCUCCUCCUCUUCCUCCUUUGGCUCUCCUCCUGUUCCUCGCCUUUCUUCUUUUACUGUUCAUCUCCUCAUACUCCUUCCCUCCUCCUCCUUUUGUCCUCCUCCUCCUCCUCUUCCGUUUUCUUCUCUGCCUCUUCCUCCACUCCCUUUUCUUCUGUUGUCUUCCUUUUCCUUCUUCUUGUUUUGUUCUCCUCUUCCUCCUCCUCCUCCUCCUCCUUCGUUUUCUGUUCUUCUUAUUCUUAUUCUCCUUCUUUUUCUUCUUCUCCACCUACUCUUUCUCUUCAUUUUCUUCUGUUCUCCCCCUUCUCCUCCUUCUUUUGUUUUCCUCCUCCUCCUUCUCUUCGUCUUUUGUCAUUGUUGUUGUUGUUCUUCUUUUUUUUCUUCUUCUGCUCCUCUUCCUUUUCUUCUGUCCUCCUCCUCCUCCUCCUCCUCUUUUUGUUCUCCUCCUCUUCCUUCUCCGUUUUCUUCGUCUUCUGUUCUUCUUCUCCGCCUCUUCCUCCUCUCUCUUUUCUUCUGUUGUCUUCUUUUUCCUUCUUGUUUUGUUCUCUUCUUCCUCCUCCUUCUUCUUCUUUUUCUGUUCUCCUUCUUCUUCUUCUUCUUCUUCUUCUUCUUCUUCUCAACCUACCCCUUCUCUUCAUUUCUUUCCUCCUCCUGUUUUCUUCUUCUUUUUCUUCUUCUUGUCCUUCUUCUUCCUUUUCUGUUCUCCUUCUUCUUCUUCUUCUUCUUCUUCUUCUUCUUCUCAACCUACCCCUUCUCUUCCAUUUCUUCUCCUCCUCCUCCUCCUCUUUUUGUUCUCCUCCUCCUCCUCCUCCUUUUCUUCUUCUCCUCCUCCUCCUCCUCCUUCUUAUUCACAUUAUCAUCAACUUUAUUUAUUUUUCUUCGUUACACUGACGUAAAUUUGUUCUUCUAUUACAUUUCAUUUUUUUUUCUUUUUUAG